UCUCUUCCUCAUGGCUUCAUCCAGUGACUCUAGCAAUGUCUGCUCCAGAGUCAUCGACCACAGCCAAGUCCGCGAAUUUGAGGUGGCCACUUGGAUCAAAAUCACCCUCAUCUUGGUGUACCUGAUCAUCUUCGUGGUGGGCAUCUUGGGCAACAGCGUCACCAUCAGGGUCACGCAGGUAUUGCAGAAGAAAGGCUAUUUGCAGAAGGAGGUGACAGAUCACAUGGUCAGUUUGGCUUGUUCAGAUAUCUUGGUCUUUUUGAUUGGCAUGCCCAUGGAGUUCUACAGCAUCAUUUGGAACCCCCUGACCACACCCAGCUACCCGCUGUCCUGCAAGCUCCACACGUUCCUCUUUGAGGCAUGCAGCUACGCCACCUUGUUGCACGUGCUGACCCUCAGCUUUGAGCGCUACAUCGCCAUUUGUCACCCCUUCAGGUACAAGGCCGUGUCUGGACCUUGCCAGGUGAAACUACUGAUUGGCUUCGUCUGGGUCACGUCCGUCCUGGUGGCGCUGCCCUUGCUCUUUGCCAUGGGUAUCGAGUACCCCCUGGUGUCUGUGCCCACCCACAGAGGACUCAACUGCAACUUCACUCGCACCCGCCACCACGAGCAACCUGAGACCUCCAAUAUGUCCAUCUGCACCAACCUCUCCAGCCGCUGGACCGUCUUCCAGUCCAGCAUCUUUGGGGCCUUCGCGGUUUACUUGGUGGUUCUGGUGUCUGUGGCUUUCAUGUGUUGGAAUAUGAUGAAAGUACUCAUGAGGAGCAAGCGGGGUACUCUGGCAGGGGCCGGGCCACAGACGCAACUGAGGAAGUCGGAGAGUGAGGAAAGCCGGACGGCGAGAAGACAGACCAUCAUAUUCCUGAGACUGAUCGUGGUGACACUGGCUGUGUGUUGGAUGCCAAAUCAGGUUCGGCGGAUCAUGGCUGCGGCAAAACCCAAACAUGACUGGACCAAGUCAUACUUCAAGGCAUACAUGAUCCUUCUCCCCUUCUCGGACACGUUCUUCUACUUCAGCUCUGUCGUCAACCCUCUCCUGUACAACGUGUCUUCUCAGCAGUUCCGGAAGGUGUUUUGGCAGGUCCUCUGCUGCCGGCUGACUCUGCAGCACGCCAACCAUGAGAAACGCCUGCGCGCCCGCUUCAGCUCCACCAAAGACAGCACCCGCUCAGCCCGCAGCCCCCUCAUCUUCCUAGCCUCCCGGCGGAACUCUUCCUCCAGGAGAACGAACAAGGUGUUCCUGAGCACUUUUCAGACCGAUGCCCGGCCUGGAGAAGCUAAGCCCCAGCUCUUGAGUCCUGAGUCAUCACAGACAACUGAUUCCACCACGGAAAAUGGUAUCCAGGAGCAGGGAGUGUGAGCGUCCAGUUCAGAAGCCUUGAGCAGAAACUGACUCUUCCCUCCCACAAAAGCAAAGU